AUGGCAGCUCGACAACCCCCAGUACUAGGCCACAAUCUUUAUCAAUACGUCAAGUUCUCUCAUACCAACUUAGCCACAAAUACUAUAUUGAAGGAGAAGGAAAGGCAUGUUGCCCAUGUACCAACCCAGCAAACACAUACUCUUCAAGUUGGAGUGGCAUCUCCGGCAACGGUACGAGGAAGAAAACAAAGCUGGAGCCCGCUUGAUCCACUGAUAGAAGAAACCCAAAUCGACAAGAAGACUAUGAAUCCAAAUCCGCUGGAAUGGGUAAAUGAAAUGGCAUCAGACCCAUAUUACCUCCUCCAUUUCCUCACUUUCUUCUCUUACUUCAUCGUCCGCACCUCCGCUACUUCACUCCUCUCUCCUAACCUCACUCACCGCCUUCUUUAUCGAGAGAUUCAAGCGGUUUUGGCAUUUGCCUUGUUAGCUGCUUAUAAGAUUGUGCGGGAUGAAACAUGGGAAGCUUUUAUUCCCGAUAUGCUAUUUUUCGCUAAGGCAUGA